AUGUUGAAAAAAAAGAAAGAGUUUUGCAACCCAGACGUAGAAGAAAAAAAUGCUAAGAAAAAAACUAGCACAGCUAUUAAAUCGGCUAACUUGAAAAAAAAAAAUAACACAAAUAAGGAAUCCACAGAUAGAGAAGAAAAAAUAGAAAAAAAUGGCAAAAUCAGUGAGAAAAAAAGUUUAGACAAUAUGAAGGGGAAAGCACAAAAUGAUGUUAAUAAACAGUGCACUAUUGUAGACAAAAAAAAGGAUGAAAAAGGUAGAGCUGAAAAAGGCAAAGAUGGAAAAAUAAAUAUAAAAGAAGCAAUUAUAAAAAAUGUAAAAGUUCCUGAUAACUAUGAAAUUAAACAUUUGAUAGGGAGAGGGUCUUAUGGUUAUGUAUAUUUGGCAUAUGACAAAAACACAAAUAAAAAUGUAGCGAUAAAAAAGGUAAAUAGAAUGUUUGAAGAUUUAAUCGAUUGUAAGAGAAUUUUAAGAGAAAUAACUAUACUAAACAGAUUAAAAAGUGAUUACAUUAUCCGGUUAUACGAUUUGAUAAUACCUGAUGAUUUGUUAAAUUUUGACGAAUUGUACAUUGUCCUAGAAAUUGCAGAUUCGGAUUUGAAAAAAUUAUUUAAAACACCAAUUUAUCUAACGGAAGAACAUGUAAAAACUAUUCUUUAUAAUUUAUUAUUGGGAGAAAAAUAUAUUCAUGAGUCCGGUAUUAUACACAGAGAUUUAAAACCAGCCAACUGCCUUCUAAAUCAAGAUUGUUCUGUUAAAAUUUGCGAUUUUGGAUUAGCUAGGACAAUUAAUUGUGAUAAUGAUAUUCAUAUUGUGAAUGAUUUAGAAGAAAAGGAAGAAAAUGAAGAACCCGGUCCUCAUAAUAAAAAUUUAAAAAAACAGUUAACGAGCCAUGUUGUUACAAGGUGGUAUAGAGCUCCUGAACUUAUUCUUUUACAAGAAAAUUACACUAAUUCUAUUGAUAUGUGGUCUACUGGUUGUAUAUUUGCAGAAUUAUUAAACAUGUUAGAGGCACAUGUAAAUAACCCCACAAGCCGUUUUCCAUUAUUCCCUGGUUCCUCCUGUUUUCCUUUAUCACCUGAUCAUAAUUCUAAGAAAGUACAUGAAAAAAGUAACCGAGAUCAACUUAACAUCAUUUUUAAUGUUAUAGGGACACCAUCGGAAGAUGAUUUAAAAAGUAUAAAUAAAGAAGAAGUUAAGAGAUACAUAAAACUAUUUCCAUCCAGAGAGGGUAUCGAUUUUAAGAAAAAAUAUCCAUCCCUAUCUGAUGAAGGCAUUGAUUUAUUACAAUCUAUGCUUAAAUUUAAUGCAAAAAAUAGAAUUACAAUUGAUAAUGCUCUGAGUCACCCUUACCUUAAGGAUGUUAGAAAAAUCAAUUUAGAAUCAUUUACAAUCAACAAAAUUAUACUUCCUUUUGACGACUGGAUGAUAUUAUCUGAGACACAAUUGAGAUAUAUUUUUUUGAAGGAAAUUCAAUCCUUCCAUCCUGAUAUGAUCAUUCCGGUCAAGUUCACAGUUCACGAAAAUAUGUUUUAUAACAAUGCUUAG